ACAUCAUGCAUGCAGCGACGCGACGCUCCGGUUAAAUGCCCAUGCAUGGAUAUUGCGUUGCGAAACACGUGUAUACUGUACCUUUUGUAUGCAAGCCCAAUGUAAAAUUCGUAUGCGCAACACCUACCCACGUUUGUGUCCACGGUAAACUCACAGAGCUCGAACAUUUUCAUUCUUUCGAGCUGAAACAAGGUGAACAAGUUCAAUAUGUUGACGGCAGCAAAAAUAGCAACGAAUUGCCUUCGAGGUACAUCUAGCUGUGUGAAGCAGAUUUCUCAGCAAAGACAUUUUUCCAGCAUUUUGAGAUCGAGCACAUGCAGUGUAUUAAACUCAGACGCCAGACAUCAUCAGAGGCACCCAUCAAGAUGUUACGCAUCAGAAACAGUCCGGGGAGCCGUCAUUGGUAUAGAUCUGGGAACCACAAACUCCUGCGUUGCAAUCAUGGAGGGUAAAACACCAAAGGUACUGGAGAAUGCAGAAGGAGCCCGAACGACGCCCUCUGUGGUGGCAUUUACAAAGGAUAAUGAGAGACUAGUUGGUAUGCCAGCCAAGAGGCAGGCUGUCACGAAUGCAGAGAACACUCUUUAUGCCACAAAACGUCUAAUUGGAAGGAGAUUCGACGAUCCUGAAACACAGAAAGACAUUGGAACGGUAUCAUAUAAAAUCGUCAAGGCUUCAAAUGGCGAUGCUUGGGUGAAGGCCAAUGAAAAGGUCUACUCUCCCAGUCAAGUGGGUGCGUUUGUCCUUACCAAGAUGAAGGAAACGGCAGAGAACUACCUGGGGACACCAGCCAAGAAUGCAGUCGUCACAGUACCAGCUUAUUUCAAUGACUCACAAAGACAGGCAACUAAAGAUGCAGGUCAGAUUUCUGGAUUGAAUGUAUUGAGAGUUAUCAAUGAACCCACUGCUGCAGCCCUUGCCUACGGAAUGGACAAAUCAGGAGACAGUGUCAUCGUUGUUUACGAUCUUGGUGGCGGAACCUUUGAUGUGUCGGUUCUUGAGAUCCAGAAGGGAGUAUUUGAAGUGAAAUCAACCAACGGAGAUACAUUCCUUGGAGGAGAGGACUUUGACAAUACACUUGUCAACUUCCUUGUCGGAGAGUUCAAGAAAGAUUCUGGCAUUGAUGUGACCAAAGACACCAUGGCAUUACAGAGGGUGAGAGAAGCAGCAGAGAAAGCCAAGAUCGAACUCUCAAGCGCUCUUCAGACGGACAUCAAUCUACCCUACCUGACCAUGGACCAGUCUGGACCUAAGCACAUGAACCUGAAGCUGUCCAGAGCCAAGUUUGAAUCCCUGACAGAGCACUUGAUCAAGAGGACCGUGGAGCCAUGUAAGAAGGCCAUUCAAGAUGCUGAGAUCAACAAGUCGGAUAUCAAGGAGGUUCUGCUCGUCGGUGGAAUGUCCAGGAUGCCAAAGGUUCAAACGCUAGUCCAGGAGUUGUUUGGACGUCAGCCCAGUAAGUCUGUCAACCCUGACGAAGCUGUCGCUGUAGGAGCCGCUAUCCAGGGCGGAGUCCUUGCUGGUGAUGUCACCGAUGUUCUCCUCUUGGACGUCUCGCCCCUUUCCCUUGGUAUUGAGACCCUCGGAGGAGUCUUCACCAAGCUUAUCAACAGGAACACCACCAUCCCCACCAAGAAAGCACAGGUAUUCUCCACAGCAGCUGAUGGUCAGACGCAGGUCGAGAUCAAAGUAUGUCAGGGAGAGAGGGAGAUGGCUGGAGAUAACAAGACACUUGGACAGUUCCAACUGAUUGGUAUCCCUCCAGCACCACGUGGAGUUCCUCAGAUCGAAGUGACCUUUGACAUCGAUGCUAACGGUAUUGUGAAUGUAUCUGCCAGGGACAAGGGAACUGGAAAGGAACAACAAAUUGUGAUCCAGUCAUCGGGUGGUCUUAGCAACGAUGAGAUCGAGAACAUGGUCAGAGCUGCAGAGAAGUUCGCUGCUGAGGACAAGAUCAAGAAGGAGCGUGUCGAGAUCGUCAACUCUGCGGAGAACAUCGUCCAUGACACAGAGACCAAGAUGGAGGAGUUCAAGGAGCAGUUGCCCGAGGAGGAGUGUGCCAAGCUGAAGGAACAGAUCACCACGGUCAAGGACGUCCUGGCCGACAAGGACAACAAGAGCCCUGAAGACAUCAGGGAAGCAUCGUCAGCUCUGCAGCAAGCAUCGCUCAAGCUCUUUGAGAUGGCUUAUAAGAAGAUGGCAUCGGAGCGUGAAUCAUCAGGUGGGUCCAGCUCAGAUACAACCUCAGAUUCAACCUCGGAUUCAAGUUCAGAUUCAACCUCAGAUUCAAGCAGUAAAGACCAAGAGAAGAAAGAAAACUAAGAUGUCCAUGUCGUGUAUAGAUUCUAAGAUAUAUAACUAAUAGGUGCAUCUACAUGUUUUGAUAUUGUAUACCCAUGCGAAUACAGAUGUUACGCUCUUGAUAAGGUUCAAAUUGCCCUAAUGACUGGUAAGUUCUUGAGAAAAGAAUUAUGUACAGCAAGAAGAAGAUAUAAAGAGUGAUGUUGUAUCUGAAAAAAGGAUAUUUAUGCGGAAGUGUGACUGUUCUAUUGGCUACAGAUUUGUAGAGUCGUGUGUACGAAGCAUCCUGUAAGCUGUAUAACCAUGUGCUUAUUGGUCAAUUAUAUAGGAUUCUUAAAUGAAGCUUUGUUUAUAUCCUUUUGUCAUAUGGACCAGUAUUAGAAAUACAAUUAGUACAAAAAGGCAUUUGUGUGUACAUAACAGUUUGAGAUGAUCAUUACCUACUGUCUUUAUGAACUGUUACUAGUAUUAUUGGCAACAUGCUGCUAUCAAAUGGAAUAGGGGUUAUGAUGUCAAGGCUAAUGAGUUUUGAAGAAUACAUACUUACAAUUAUUGAGUCUUUUUGUGUGCAGAAGGGCAUAAACUCAAAUCAUUUUUCUGUUUGUUUGAAAGAUACCCUGCAGGCUCUCAGCAGAGGGUACAUAUAUAAUUUCUAAUUGUGUAAGGAUAAUGUUGAAUAUUUAUUACAGGGGGGAGGGGGAGUAUUUUGUAUGUCUUGAUUGUUCUGAGUACCAAAAGAUUAAAGACUUUAAUUUCUGUAUGAAUAGGGUAAAUGAUAUUGUUUUUAAUGAAUAUAUCAUUUUCGUUACUUUUAAAAUACUGUACAUCAUUAACUUCAAUAUAUUUAAGAAGUGUUCUCUAUUUGAUGAUAAAUUAUUGUUUUGCUUACAUCCUCAUCAUAUCUGACAUGUAUGUGCUACUUGUUUGAAAUACACGUACCGUGGAAAGUCGUUAUAACGAGGUCCUUGGGACCAUGGAUAAUACCUUGUUAUAUCGGGGUAAAAAAACAGAUAAUAUAGAGCUGGGACCAGCCAAAUGACCUUGUUGUAACAGAUGCCUCAUUAUCAGAGCUCUUCAUAUCAAGUUUCCAUUGUACUUUAUUUGCCAUUGAGGCAAGUGUAAAGCACAUCCUCGCCUGCACCAAAUCCUAGGAUAUUUGUAGUAGCUAUAUCUGUAUCGUGGACAAAUGACACUUAUUGAUCAAUGACAAUGACAAUCCGUUUAGCACAAUGCUGUAAAUUUGUCACCUAGCCUUACUGAUUCCACACUGAUUAUAGCUAGACCAAGUCUUUUCCAUUCGAGGUAAUGUCAAGUUUGUGUUCAGUCUGGUUGCCGGUCUUGUAGUAGGACUGGGGUUUUUAGUUGUGCAUCAAAUUGAGCCGGCUUCUCACACAUUAAUUCCUCAUUCAUAUAAUACAUUAUUUAGUCGAACCAUAAUAAUUCACAUGCUGGUAUUUCAUGUCGUGUUUUUGUACCCCUUGUUGAUAAUACCUUUUGAACUUUUAAAAGUCAUAUUUUGUAUGUUGAUUGAUGAGAUCAGUAUCAUAAUGUAUUCAAAUUGUUGCACUUUCCGAAGGGGCUAGCUCCAUUUGGCAAGCCCAGCUCAAAAGCAUGUCCAGGGACCAGUUUCACAGAGCCUUUUUUCAAUAACAAAUGACAAAAAUCAGUGACAAGUCUGCUGAUAACCAAUCAGAAGCGAGGAUUUCACUAGCUUUUAACAAAAGCUGUCAUUUGUCACUGAUGACAAGUUCUAUGAAACAUGCCUGUCACAAUUAGGUUGACAGAGUAGACUUCCUUACAUUGCAAUACGUUAUGAAAAAGGUCUGUUUUGAAAAUAUAAUUGUGAAAAACAUGUUCAAAUCUAUGAUGAAAGAUGAUUUCAUUGUAAUUUGCCUACUUCCAUUGCAGUGAAAAAUAAAUGUGAUUACUACUGGUGAAA